UCUCUGCAAGAAAUGCAGAGUGGAGACGCCAGAGGCCUCUUCAUGCGCGCAGCGAUGUCGGAGAGCGGGGUUGCGUGGGGGGAGGGAGCCUGGAAACAAAGGAUUCAUCUGGAAGGGAGAACCAUCUGAAGUAUCAGUGGAAAAAGCUGAGGAGCAGGUUCAGGAGCAGAAACUGAGGAGUGAAGAUGGAGCAGAGACAAGAGGAGAGACAAACUCACACAGGAGACAAACAUUAUACAUGCUUGGAGUGUGGAAAGAGCUUCAGUCGGAGUGGAACCCUUACUUUGCAUCAGAGAACUCAUACAGGCCACAAACCUAAUAAAUGUUUGGAGUGUGGAAAGAGCUUCAGGUGGCGUAGCGACCUUACUUCGCAUCAAAGAUGUCACACAGGAGACAAACCUUAUACAUGCUUGGAGUGUGGGAAGAGCUUCAGUCACAGUAGCACCCUUACUUCGCAUCAAGGAACUCACAGAGGAGACAAACCUUAUAAAUGUUUGGAGUGUGGAAAGAGCUUCAGUCGGAAUGGAACCCUUACUUUGCAUCAAAGAACUCACACAGGAGACAAACCUUAUACCUGCUUGGAGUGUGAAAAGAGCUUCAGUCGCAGUAGCACCCUUACUUCGCAUCAGAGAACUCAUACAGGGCACAAACCUUAUACAUGCUUGGAGUGUGGAAAGAGCUUCAGUCAGAGUAGUGCCCUUACUUCGCAUCAAAGAACUCACACAGGAGAUAAACCUUAUCAAUGUUUGGAGUGUGGAAAGAGCUUCAGUCGGAGUGGAACCCUUACUUUGCAUCAAAGAACUCACACAGGAGACAAACCUUAUACCUGCUUGGAGUGUGGAAAGAGCUUCAGUCAGAGUAGCACCCUUAGUUCGCAUCAAAGAACUCACACAGGAGACAAACCGUAUCAAUGCUUUGAGUGUGAAAAGAGCUUCAGUGACUGUAGCUCCCUUACUUCGCAUCAAAGAUCUCACACAGGAAACAAACCUUAUCAAUGCUUUGAGUGUGGAAAGAGCUUCAGUCGGAGUGGAACCCUAACUCUACAUCAAAUAACUCACACAGGAGACAAACCUUAUAAAUGUUUGGAGUGUGGAAAGAGCUUCAGUCACAGUAGCACCCUUACUUCGCAUCAAAGAUGUCACACAGGAAACAAACCUUAUAAAUGCUUGGAGUGUGGAAAGAGCUCCUGUUGGAGUAGCUACCUUACUUCGCAUCAAAGAACUCACACAGGAGACAAACCUUAUAAAUGCUUGGAGUGUGGAAUGAGCUUCAGUUGGAGUGGAACCCUUACUUCACAUCAAAGAACUCACACAGGAGACAAACCUUAUACCUGCUUGGAGUGUGGAAAGUGCUUCAGUCAGAGUAGCACCCUUACUUCACAUCAAAGAACUCACACAGGAGACAAACCUUAUCAAUGCUUUGAGUGUGAAAAGAGGUUCAGUGACAGUAGCUCCCUUACUUCACAUCAAAAAUGUCACACAGGAAACAAACCUUAUAAAUGCUUGGAGUGUGGAAAGAGCUUCAGUCACAGUAGCAACCUUACUUCGCAUCAAAGAACUCACACAGGAGACAAACCUUAUAAAUGUUUGGAGUGUGGAAAGAGCUUCAGUCACAGUAGCACCCUUACUUCGCAUCAAAGAACUCACACAGGAGACAAACCUUAUAAAUGCUUGGAGUGUGGAAAGAGCUUCAGUCACAGUAGCACCCUUACUUCGCAUCAAAGAUCUCACACAGGAGACAAACCUUAUCAAUGCUUGGAGUGUGGAAAGAGCUUCAGUCAGAGUAGCACCCUUACUUCGCAUCAAAGAUCUCACACAGGAGACAAACCUUAUCAAUGCUUUGAGUGUGAAAAGAGCUUCAGUGACAGUAGCUCCCUUACUUCGCAUCAAAGAUGUCACACAGGAAACAAACCUUAUCAAUGCUUUGAGUGUUGAAAGAGCUUCAGUUGGAGUGGAACCAUAACUUUUGCAUCAAAGAACUCACACAGGAGACAAACCUUAUAAAUGUUUGGAGUGUGGAAAGAGCUUCAGUGACAGUAGCUCCCUUACUUCGCAUCAAAGAUGUCAUACAGGAGACAAACCUUAUCAAUGCUUUGAGUGUGGAAAGAGUUUCAGUUGGAGUAGCAACCUUACUUCGCAUCAGAGAACUCACACAGAAGACAAACUUUAUCAAUGUUUGGAGUAUGGAAAGAGCUUCAGGUGGUGUAGCCACCUUACUUCUCAUCAAAGAACUCACACAGGAGACAAGCCUUAUAAAUGCUUGGAGUGUGGAAAGAGCUUCAGGUGUAGUAGCAAACUUAAUUUGGAUCACAGAACUCAUACAGGGAACAAAUCUUUUACCUGCUUAUAGUGUUGAAAGACCUUUCGUCAGAAUGACUACCUUCAGGCACAUCAAAGGAUCCAAUCAAGGAAAGAGAUGUAUAAAUGCAUUGAAUGUGAAAAAAGCUUUAAGCAGAGUUCUACUCUUUCUGUGCAUCAAAGGAUCCAUGCAGGAAAUCCAGGCUACCAACAGAGGGGUUUUGCCUUUUGCAGAGAUGGGUGAGCACCUAUGAUGGAUGCUGAGGCCAAGGUGGCCGCAGAAACCAAAAUGACCUCUCAGUUGUCUAGUUUUUCCCCAUCAUAUUCCCACCCUGGCAGUUUCUAGCUGCCAAAUUCAAUAAUCAAUUAAUGACAUUUCCUACAUUACUUUAUCUACUUCCUGUAGAUCCUCCCCCUCUGUCAUUUUUACCUCCUUGUGCAUCAUUCGAACAUCGUUUUUUGUGAUAGACUUAGUAGUCUUUGUCUCACAUUGUCUAAUGCAACAUAACACCAGCUGGACUAUUACAUAUAUAUGAGGAAACUUAAUCCGGUUAUAACAUAAUUUAGUAGAUGUUUUACUCUGCCUCCUCCAUCUGUAGUGAGCAAAUAGUCCAACACCAUCCUGAUUUGGAGAACCGUUUUUCUUAUUUGCGUUUGGGUUGCUGGUAAGAUAUUUAUAGCCACAGAGGCCAUAGGGAGAGCUUCUUUUUUCUCAUCUGCAGGAAUUUCUACUAAAGAUUGAAGUCUCAAAACUCCAGAACCUACAGUGGCCGUGCCAGCCAAGGGCAGGAAAGACCACCCUACUACUGAGCCCAUCGUUAAGGGCCUGCGGUUUUCUAUGACUCAUUGUGCAGAGCGGCGAACAGGUUUUGUUUUUUCUCUUUUCUCUCGGAUUGGUGAGGCUCUCUUGUUCCUGAUUCUACCAACUGGGAGUACCUGAGUGACCCUGACAGCUGGUAUAAGCCAGGCAACAUAGCAGGAGUCAAUCCAAUAUUUGGCAAUACUUUAUAGGCUUUAUCCCCAGAACAAUAAUGUUCAACUAGAGCUUCCCAUGGGCCUUUGUGGAAGAGGGAAAGACCAGCUUUUCCAUGGUUGAAUGUACUACCAUCACCUGGAUCAUAAGAACAUAAGAAGAGCCUGCUGGAUCAGGCCAGUGGCCCAUCCAGUCCAGCAUCCUGUUCUCACAGUGGCCAACCAGGUGCCUGGGGGAAGCCCGCAAGCAGGACCCUAGUGCAAGAACACUCUCCCCUCCUGAGACUUCCGGCAACUGGUUUUCAGAAGCAUGCUGCCUCUGACUAGGGUGGCAGAGCACAGCCAUCAUGGCUAGUAGCCAUUGAUAGCCCUGUCCUCCAUAAAUUUGUCUAAUCUUCUUUUAAAGCCAUCCAAGCUGGUGGCCAUUACUGCAUCUUGUGGGAGCAAAUUCCAUAGUUUAACUAUGCGCUGAGUAAAGAAGUUCUAGUAUUAUGAGAGAGGGAGAAGAACUUUUCUCUGUCCACUUUCUCUAUGCCAUGCAUACUUUUAUACACUUCUAUCAUGUCUCCUCUGACCCGCCUCUGACCCGUUGGCAUAACAGGAUAGAGAGUGCCCUUGUUUAGGGAGAUAUUUUACUAUCCUACCUGCGUCUAUAUUUUUAAGCAUGUUUUUUCUUUUUAUGUAUUUGGGCUUUGAGGAAUUUCUCUAAAAAGAUAGCAAUAAUUUUUAAAACUCUGCAGGCCAAAUGCAGAAUUCACCACAAAGCCAAGAAAUGUUUUUUUUUAGAUUCUUCUUCCUCUACAUUGUCUUCCAUGAGAAUCAAAUGUGUAUGGUUUGAUCUCAAACCUACAGAAUUUGAUAACAUGAUUCUGAAGAAGUGGGUUCAGCAGCAGUCUCAGCAAAAAAAGUUUCUCUGUGCUGACUGUGAACCCAUUCCCCCCAAAAGAUCUUGCAGAACGUUUCUACAUUUAUUACUCUGGGUACACCCAUUUCUUCAAAGUUUAUUUUCGGAUAUGCUUUGUGCAAGUUUUGAAUCCCUAACUUGACCUUAAUUUUAAGCAUUUUUCUAAGGUUCAUUACUCCUCACAAACUGGCAAAUCUGAAUCUUUAACUACUAUUUUGCAAUCUGGGUUUGAACAGAUUUGAAGGCAAAAUGUAGUAUCUUGUGCAUGAUGUAAUUUUCAAGCCUUUGGUCAGCAUACCUUAAUUUUCUAAUGUAAACCUGUUUAGCACACCUUUGAAUCCCACCAGUUAUCACAUUCUGUAAACAGACAAUAGUGAAUUUACGUAAAAAGGAGACCAAUUCUGCAUCACUAUGUUGGUUGGCCCAGCCUGAUAUAUUCCAAGACAGGAACGAAAUUAAAAAUUACACACUUCUUUGCCACUCGUACACAGAAGUGCCUUGAGGAGUCCUUUGUUAACAAACAUCCCCUCCCCCUUGACUGGUCCUUUUCUCUCAAGGAUAAUAUCCAGUGGAAAUUGGGAGAAUCUCCCUCUUUAAGUCUAGCUGACGAAAUUGAGUUAGCGAAGAGCUUUGACUUUGAGUUCAAAGAAACAGGCCACUCAUCAUCUGGCUCUCUAAAGACCACAAUGCACGAGGAGCCCCAGGAUGUCAUUAAGGUCCAGACAGGAGAGUGCUCAUCUAAUGUACCAGCAACUCAUCUUCCGUCGUCAGAACAAAAGCUUAUCCAGGAUAAGGUAUCUUUGUCGAAUUCCCUCCAUGAAAAGGACAUGAACAGAGGCAAUUCCUCUAACAUCUGCUCAGCCCCUCCUUGUUCAACAGAUCAAGUCGAUCAGCUAGAGGUGGGGCCCCCUCUUGUGGGCUGGCUCUUUAUGCUGGCGGGUGAGAUGGAGAAGGUGAAAGAUUUUCUGAAAAUAACCAACUCUUAACAACUUUAGUCAAGCUCCAUUCUCAACCUGCAGCUGACCCUCUGUUUUUGAAACAAACAGCGCCUUUGUCUAUUGAGAUCAAGCCCCCUCCACCGAAGGAAAACUUUCGUCGGACCAAGAAAAAUAAACGAGAUACUACUUUGAAGAAGAGUAAAAACCGUAAAAGUCAAAAACCGGGACGAGGUUCCAAAAUGAAUUUUAAGCCCUUGUUUGAUCUAUUGCAUAAGGUUCCAUCUCCGCCUAAGGAGAAAGAGACCGUAUUACCUUCCAAAUCCAUCCGUAUGAGAGAUAUGGCAGUCCAAAAGGAGACACAUCCCUUUCCCUGUUCCCCCAUUCCUUCCUUGACUCCAGCCUCCCUGUCCCCCUUAGGCAUGCAGGUUAGCCAUUUGCCCUUUCAAGAUCCGUGGCAGGGAGUUUUGUGACAGGAGAAGGGAUUGAAGUCUCUCCCACAGAUGCAAUCUCCUAGAGUGCCAGGAUGGAAUCUUGUACUAAAUCCAAGUCAACUGGCUUUUAUUAACUUCCCUAAACCUAGGGGUUUAAUAUAACAGCUUGCACGAAAAAAAACACUUCGUCAAUAUCUUAAAGGAACUCCCCUCCCUAAAUAUACAUAUACAGGAUAUUGUAUUAGUGGAGUACCUUUACUAUGAUGACAUUAGAGCAAGGGCGGUGGUUACUUUCUCUUCACCCAUAAUAGUAUGCCACAUAUUGGCCCAGAAGGAUCGAUUGCUUAAAUGGAGUAUUGUGCCUGUACGACUUUUUGAAAACAGAGCCAAGCGCGUGGACCUCCUCCCACAGCAGAAGUCGUACUCUACACAGGAGGCCCUAUGACCUCAGGGUCCACUCAUAGACUUGGAGGUCCCAGAGGGAAACUCAUCGAACGGAGUCCCUUAGUCCUGAAUUUUACAAGGGAAGCCGCCUGACCUGCAACAUUUGGGGCAACCCCGGGACAGUCAGCCGACCUGCCUACUUGAUAAUGAUGAACUGGCCCUGCUCCACUCUUUGGGAGUGUUACCUCUAGGUGGCUGGCUAGAAAUACUACAAAGAUUGGAGCAGUUACAAGCUCAUCUUUUAAACAUCCAUGAGAGGGAACUAAUUACACCCUCUAUAGAGGGUGAUCCCACAGAGAAAGGGGGGGAAGAGGAGUCAGGUCUGCCGACUACAGGGAAAGGAGCUCUUCCCGCAAUACAAGGGAACAUAAGGAAUUAUAUUGUAACAUCUAACCUCCCUACUGCUACCCCAGUCGAACCACACCAACCAUGGGCCACAAGAGCUAGAACUAGCAAUAUUUUUUCUCUCCUCAUUGGAUCUAAGCACUUGUCUCCCCAGGAGACCGAAUUGCCCUCCGCUAAGUGCCCUUACAACCCUUCUUUUACUUACUUAACUACUAGGGGAGCGAGUGUAAUCGACUAUAUAUUUGUGUCCAAUAACUUACUUACAGAAGUGUUAAGUUUUGAUGUUAUCAAUAGGGUGGAAAGUGACCACUUUCCUCUCUCAAUGUGAAUGAGGCUUUUACUUCCAAUCGCCCCCCCGCCACAAUUAAGUUUGGAAGGUAUUCACCUAUCUGAACAAAGUGUGUGCUGGUCUGCCUCCCUGUGCUCCUCUAUUUCGAAUUUCCUAUCUAGUAAUCUUUCUGUAACCACCAGACAAGCAAUACUCAUAUCCGAUUCAGAUGUUCUGCAGGCAUACCAAUCAAUGGUAUCCUUUAUGAGACCCACGUUGUCCUCGAACAAACAAUUGAGGGGCUGUGGGCCUCUGAAUAACGGGUGGCAUGACCGUGAAUGCAAAUUAGCCAAACACCGGCUGGCAAAUUAUGCCCGUCGCGCAACGAGAUAAUCGGAUAAUUUUGAGCGCACGCAUCUUGUCCUUUUGCGUGCCUCGUAUAAGUCAUUAUUAAAAUGGAAAAAAGAACUAUAUUCUAUCUCCCGGUGGCAACUACUAGACCAGGCAGUAGCAAAAAAAAAUGAGCGACCGUUCUGGGAUCAGGUGGCCAAAGGGAUGCGUACAACAGGCUCCCUCAGCCCUUGCCAGAUCACUGCUGCCACCUGGUAUACACACUUUAGUAGGCUUUAUGCGAUGCCCACUGAAAUCUCUGUGGCCCCUUCACAAUGGGUCUUCUCUUUGCCUACAUGGCCCCCAGUCUCGGCCUGUCAAAUUAAAACACUUCUGUCUACAUUGAGAUUGGGUAAAGCUCCGGGUGAGGAUAUGCUCCCCCCUGAAAUUUUUUUAAAUUUCCCGGACUGGUGGGCACCCAUAUUAGCCAAAUUGUUUACACAAAUAAAUAAUACAGGCAUUUUUCCGAUGGGAUGAAAGCAAAGUAUAAUCAUUCCCAUAUAUAAGAAAGGCGAGAGACUGGACCCUAAUAAUUACCGCCCAUCAGUCUGCUAGAUACAGCAGUGAAAUUGUACUCUAAAUACCUGUUAUCUAAAUUUGAAGAGUGGGAAGCCGCUAAUCGGGUCAUUUCCCCGGAACAAGACGGUUUUCGUAAAGGUCAAAGCACGAUGGACCGCUGCUUUACCUUAUACUAUAUCGGCCCUAUGAAACAUCUAUACGCGGCCUUCGUGGAUUUGGUGGCGGCCUUUGACUCUAUAGAUAGAGCAAGGUUGUGGGCCAAACUGGCCAAAACUAAUAUAGACAAGCGUCUUCUCUUCCUCAUCGGAGAACUAUACACUGACAACAGUGCUAGAGUUAGGGUGGGCCUUUCUGGCACCCUUACAGACUCCAUCGUUACUAAUAAGGGAGUUAAACAGGGUUGCCUCUUGGCCCCAUCUCUAGUUAAUUUCUACCUUAACGAAAUAACCUCUGAAUUGGCCGGCCCUGAUUUCUUUCCUCCCGCCCUUCAAAACAGGAAAGUGUUAAUUCUCUUAUAUGCUGAUGACAUGAUCCUGUUGUCCAUUACACGUGUUGGCCUAAGGAGAUUGCUUAGGAAAUGCAGCGCUUAUUGUGCAAUAGAAAACCUCCAGAUCAGUUAUUCCAAAACCAAAGUUAUGGUUUUUGGUAAAAGGCAUAGAAAUUUUUCCUGGACUAUAGAUGGCCACCCGAUGGAGCAAUGUCAUGCUUUUAAGUACCUGGGUAUUUAUUUCCAGGAUAAUCUUUCCUGGAAAAAACAUAUAAACAAUACUAAAAAAACAGCAUUAAGAUCCUGUGGGGCUAUCUUGAGCUUCUAGAGAAGAGUAGGAGGCAAUUUAGUCCUCCCAGCCCUAAAAAUUUAUACAAAGUUCUUCCCCAGAUUAUAUAUGGUGCACCUGUUUGGGGAUGGGAAAGUUCCAUCUUGUCCUCCCUUGAGACAAUUCAAACCAGUUUUUUUUUAGAAAACUCCUCCGCCUCCCCCCAGGCACGCCGGCAGCAUUACUCCGAGCAGAACUUGGCCUCCCCCAAAUUAGAGCCCGUGCUCAUUAUACCCUGCUCAAUUUCUGGGAAUCUUUAAAAAACGCUUCUACCAAACUCUCAAAAAUCUGCUAUGACCAGGCAUUAAAUGAUCGUUUUUCGUGCUCCAGAAUAGCAAGCCUAUAUCACUUGUACCACAUAACAACCCCGGAUUUACUCAUCUCGAACCGAGUUAAGUUGAAAGAUGCCAUUUUUCAACACUGCUUCUGGAUUGAUCAUCUGGCCAUUCAUAAUUCCAAAUUUUCAAGGUGGUAUGGAGCAAUUAAGUCGGAUCAUCAGAGGGCUAGUUACGUGUCCUAUCCUAUGCCAACAAACUUUAGACACGCAUUUACCGCCCUAAGGUUCCAGACAGUGCUGACGGCGGUCUUGUUAGGCUGCUAUAGCCAGAUCCCUUGGCCACAGCAAUUAUGUAUUUGUGGAGCAGAGGUGGCCGAAGAUCUGCCCCAUUGCUUGCUGGAUUGCCCAUUAUAUGCCCACCCGAGAGCUAAAUUCCUUGAUGGUUUGUUGUUACAACAGGGAACUUUGCAAGAAAUCAUGGUCCGUCUCUUAUUGGACCAGGACCCAUUAGUCACACACAGAGUAGUCCUCUUUGCCUUUGCUGCCCAAAAGCUACGGGCGAAGUAUGCUGAAGUUUUGCUAACCAAUCCUUAGUGAGUAGUAUCAUGGAUAUGUACUUUUUAUCUGUUUUAAAUGCUGAUAUUUUUAUUUUUUUUAUACUGUAAAUUUUAUAAUGUAUAUUGCAAAGGCCUACGGCUAGGCAAUAAACUUUGACUAUGACUAUGA